AUGGUUGUUCCUAUCUCCUCAGCUGUGUGGAUCGGUUCACUGGAUGGCCUGAAGCUAUCCCCCCGCCUUGCUGCUCCAACGGUGGUGAUGGCUCUCCUCAGUUGUUGGGUUGCCAUCUUUGGUGCACCCUCCACAAUCAGGACUGACCGCGGUGCUCAGUUUGAGUUCAAUCUCUUCCAGUCUCCCAUCUCCUUUUUAGGCUGUACUCGCAUCCGCACUACAGCCUAUCAUCCGGCUGCCAACGGGAUGGUCGAGCGGUUUUACUGCCAGUUGAAAACCUUCCUACGCGUCGCGGAUGAUCCGGAGAAUCGGACAGACUAUCUCUCUUUGGUCCCCUUGGACAUCCGCUUCACCCUCAAGCCGGACCUUGAUUGUUAUGCAGCUGAACUGGUCUUCGGCGCUACAGUCUGA